GCCGAUAUUGAAGACGUAGAAGAAGAGCAGUGGAACCGGAAGGACAGAACAUGACAGAAGGACGGAGCCGUGCGGUGCAGGGAUUGGAGUGAGCGAGCAGAGGAAAGAUGCUGACGAAUAUUGCUAAUGUGCUGAGGGCUGGCGCUCAGAAAAAUGGAGCUGCACUGCUCAUGUCAGCACGCACAUAUGCUGACUUCACCACCCAGGCUACCUUUGAAAUAAAGAAAUGUGACGUCCACAAGCUGGAUGAGGGCCCGGCCACUCAGGUGGUUUUGACUCGUGAUGAAGCUCUGCAGUACUACCGCACCAUGCAGAUCGUGAGGCGCAUGGAGCUGAAGGCAGAUCAGCUGUAUAAGCAGAAGAUCAUCAGAGGAUUCUGCCACUUGUAUGAUGGCCAGGAGGCCUGUGCAGUUGGUAUUGAAGCAGCAAUCAAUUUGACAGACCACCUGAUCACUGCGUACCGCGCCCACGGCUACACUUACACCAGAGGGGGGACUGUGAAGGAGAUCAUGGCAGAGCUCACUGGCAGAAGAGGAGGUAUUGCAAAAGGCAAAGGAGGCUCCAUGCACAUGUACUGUAAAAACUUCUAUGGAGGAAAUGGAAUUGUCGGAGCUCAGGUUCCGCUGGGCGCUGGGGUGGCUCUAGCCUGCAAAUAUAUGGGCAGGGAUGAGGUGUGUGUCGCUCUGUAUGGCGAUGGUGCUGCCAACCAGGGUCAGAUUUUUGAAACCUACAACAUGGCAGCUCUUUGGAAGCUGCCUGCCAUCUUUAUCUGUGAGAACAACAGGUAUGGCAUGGGCACAUCUGUGGAGCGAGCUGCAGCGAGCACAGACUACUACAAGAGAGGAGACUUCAUCCCUGGUCUGCGGGUGGAUGGGAUGGAUGUUCUGUGUGUUCGGGAAGCAACCAGGUUUGCAGCUGAUCAUUGUCGAUCUGGCAAGGGUCCCAUUCUCAUGGAACUUGAGACUUACCGCUAUCAUGGACACAGUAUGAGUGAUCCUGGUGUCAGUUACCGCACACGUGAGGAGAUCCAGGAGGUCCGCGGUAAGAGUGACCCCAUCUCCAUGCUGAAGGACCGCAUGCUCAGCAACAAUAUGGCCAGUGUGGAGGAGCUCAAGGAGAUUGAUGUGGAGGUGAGGAAGGAAAUUGAAGAAGCCACUCAGUUUGCCACCACAGAUCCCGAACCCCAACUGGAUGAAUUGUGCAACCACAUCUUUCACAACAAUCCACCUCUGGAGGUGCGAGGCACAAACCCCUGGGCCAAGCUGAAGUCUGUUAGCUGAAGUUUUGUCAUCACCCUGCCCACCCAAUUAUGAUAUAUUAACACCCUGACCCCUACCCCUCAAAUAUACUCACACAUCUACACACACACUCAUAUAAUAUACCAUGAUCUAGUGCCUCAGAUCCAGAGCUUGAAAAAUCAGCAAGUAAAUUAAUUGGAGUGCUGUUUAUUUUAUCAACAGGGACCACAUUCACAAAGAGAUUCUGAGAAUAUAACAAAGAUUGACAAGAACAUAAAUAGACAAAACCUUUUUCAAAACUUUGUUUUAUGCUGUAAUUCACAAUCAGGGGUAUCAGGGCUCGUUUUUCUGCUUUCAGAAGAGCCAGUUACUGCCAGUCAAAUUUGUACCAUUUGAAAAGCAGCUUCCACAAUCAGCUGUUCUGUCCCAUAUCUAUUUAUAUUUUUCUUGAAGAAUAUUCAACCAUUGGGAAACUCACCACAAUGCAGAUCUUUCGUUUAAUGUUUAGCCAUCCAAAUCACAGUCCUGGGUGUUGGUAGAUUAUUUAAAGUUCUGUCUUGUACAAUUACCAAAAGAUAUAAAUUAAUAACAGUUUUUUUGUUUUUUGAGGGAUGUAAAUAACAUAAAGCACUUAUCUUCAGAAGGUUUUGUUAAUCGGGCCCCAUGUGAAUAUAUUUAAGAUUCAAAAUUUGCUUGUUUGACGAUUAUCUCUGGUCACUUUUGAGGUGCAAUAAAACAAAUGUCCUUCCUUCACUAUUCAUCUGAGAAUGUCCAAGCUGUUAAAAAAAAAAAAAAAAAGACUUUGUACUCUUUAUACUGAAGUGUACACGAUAAACCAUUCAGUCUGAGUUAACUAGUUCUUUUUUUUUUCUUGUCUUUUAUUUAACCCCCUGUUAUAAAGACACCAUUAAAGGCAGCAAGGCAAAGACUAUCUCCAUAUGUUUAUCUCUUAAUAUGUAUGGUAAAACAAAAUUAAAAAAAAUACCAAGGGAAAGGUUUGAAAUUUUAAUUUGUCUUGCCAAACCACACAUGUGCCUGGCAGGCAUUGUAUUGUCUAGUGGAUGAGUCUAUCCUCAGGUGAUUUAUCCAUCUAGAAAGUCAGCUCUUCACGGUGUGUUCAUAUUCAUGUGGUUAUUCUGCAGAUACUCAGGUGCUCGGGUGCCUUUGGAGUUUCACAAACAUCAACUGUUCAUUGUCAUAUAUUUAGAGAAGCUCUUACUCUGUUUUUAUAAAAAUGACCACAAGCUGAACCAUCAAUGAUGAAUGUUAACAUAAAGACUUUUAGUCAAAGUGCAUUCAUCAUCAAAGCUUCGCUCUUCACAUGAUGCUGGAUUAGGUGUUGUUGUUUCAGCAGAGAGAACCUCAGUAGCUUCAUGUGCCGCUUUGGCUCACAUGACACCAGAAGUGGAACGUGACUUACAGGGAUACAUUUUGAAUUUGUCUGCUUUUUUCUUGUCAAAUACUUGAACACAUGAACUGAGUGACACCUCAGGUAGCAAAAUGAAAACGGCCCAUAUAUCUACAUAGUGUAACACUAGUGUGACAUUGUAACAACUUAACGGGUUAGAAGCGAAGGGUCUUUUCUCUGUAAUGUGUAAAGUAUUCAUAAGAAGACAAACUACAAUUUGAAAUGUCUGUACCUGUCUUGAAACAAUUGAAAAUGCUUACAGUGUAUUUGUUGUUGUAAACUGUUACAUUGAGGGUGGCGGAUGAUGCAAGGAAACGCUCCAUAGAAUCACUGGUUUUAUGCAUGCGUGGCUUGUAAUAAAAAUCUUGUAAAGUA